AUGGGUGACGUUAAUGAUACAGAAUCCUUUUUAGACGACCUUUAUCACUUCGCCAACGAGGAACCUGUUAUCAGUACCAAACGACAAACCUGUCAGCGUUGUUGUCGCCCUUUAAGUGUGUGUUGGUGCCCUUAUUUACCACGUGAACCUAUUCAAUUGUCAACCUCUGUGUACGUCUUACAGCAUCCAUUUGAGGACAACCAAUGUCUUCGCACAGGACCAAUGUUAUACCACAGUCUGCCUCCUGGAAAAUGUCAUAUCAUCCGUGGAAAAAGAUUCUCCCCAGAAAAGUAUCCUGAAUUAGCCAGUGUGAUGAAAGCUCCCAAUACAAUCUUGUUAUAUCCUGGAGUGGAUGCAAUAGAUAUUUGUGACUUAUCACACCUUCCUGAUGGCCAGGAUAUUGGCUACAAUCUGGUGCUUUUAGAUGGCACCUGGGCCCAAGCCAGAGGGCUCUAUCAUCAAAAUGCCAUGGUGAAAUGGCCACAGAAGGUUCAGAUCAACAGUGGGAUGAUAAGUAAAUAUGUGAUCCGUACACAGCCAACUGAUGUUUGCCUCUCUACUGUGGAGUCAGCAGCAGUGGCUCUGUCCUUCCUUGAGAAAAAACCUCAAAUCAUUGAUAUUCUGACUAAGCCUCUGGAAGCAUUGUGCCAAUUUCAGCUUGACCAUGGUGCCCAAAAACAUCAGAGCAAAGAGUACCUCAUCAAAAAUGGACUUUACAAAAGAAAGGUAAAAUCCUCCCGGAUCAAGGAUGCUCACUAA